AUGGGAACAGAAUUGAUAGUUCAUAAGCACGACCGAAUAAAUAAUAUAGACUUAGGAAAAAAUGAUAAUAACUUCAAAGAACUUGCCAACGCUAAGAUUGUAAAGGUCGUCGGAGGUGAAAAUGCCGUAAUAAGAGAUUUUCCUUAUAUUGCAUCAUUAAGACAGCACAAUGAACGGCAUCAUUUUUGCGGUGGUGUUAUUAUUAGUAAUCGGCAUAUUAUUACAGCAGCUCAUUGUGUUUAUGACAUAGAAAAUGAUGGAUUUAAAGUUUAUGUAGGAACAUCUAAUUCAUCCCUUUUCUCAAUACCAUUUUACAAUGUCAAAAAUGUUAAAAUGCACCCCGAAUUUAUUGGAAAAGAAAACACAGAAUGGAAAUUAUAUAAUGAUAUUGCUAUUAUCACGGUCGAUCCAUGUAUUAAAUUCAAUGAAUUUCAAAACAAGAUAAAACUUCCAACUUCAAAUAUUGGACCUGAUAAUGUUGGGGUAAUCAUUGGUUGGGGAAAAAUAUCAUAUCCAAUUGGUAUACCUUAUGAGAUAUUACAAAAAGCUACGACAAAGACUGUUUCAAACGCCGAAUGUGCUGUCAGUUAUCCAAAUUCUAUACGGAACGAACAAAUCUGCGUCUACGAAGCCCCGGGAAUCGGCACAUGUCAUGGCGACAGCGGCGGACCAUUUGUUAUUAAUGGAACACUCAUUGGUAUUUCAUCUUAUUCUAAACCAUGUGCUUUGGGUCACCCAGAUGUAUAUACAAGAAUUUAUUCCUACUUAGAUUUUAUUGCCUCCACUACAAAGUCUUGGAAAAAGUACCUUCCUUGUUUAACUUGA